UGAGAGACGGGGAGAGAGAUGGAGAGAGCGCCAUGAGCUGAAGCUUUUCAGCUUUCAGAUUCGUCAUCAACUGAUGAAGCCAACGAAUGUCUGCGCUGCUUCUUCCAUCUUCCUCCUUCUUCGUGCUCCAGCUGCCAUCUCCAGCGAGUCGUCAUCCCAUUCCAUCCUCCAUCUCCCUCAUCCUUCUCAUCUCCCUUUCUCGUCUCGCCGUCGUCGGAGGUUUUCCUCGACCCCUAACCCCAAUUUAGACGACCCGAGUUGUUUCUUGAGUUACGUGAGCAGAAAUUGCAGAGCUGGUGGUGGUGGUGGUGGUGGUGGUGGUGUGUUUACGAGUGUCGGUGAUGCCCUGUGUUGUUUCGGUAAAAUGAUAAAGGCGAGCCCUUUGCCUUCCCCCUGGGAUUUCAGUCUACUGUUGGGCGCUAUAGUGAGGAUGAAGCACUACUCGACCGCCAUCCGAUUGAUUGAGCAGCUGCCUUCUUUGGGGAUCGAGGGUGAUGUUGCCUUGCUCAAUAUUUGGAUAAAUUGCUUCUGCCGGUUAAAGCGGGUCGAUAUGGGCUUGUCUAUUCUGGGCAGAAUCUUCAAGCUUGGGUUUCACAUCGAUGUGGUGACGUGGAACACCCUGAUUGAUGGUCUCUUUAUUCAGGGCAAAACUGAUCAAGCCUUGAGGUUCCUCGAUGAUAUGGGACGAAAUGGCCCCGAACCUGAUGAGACCACGUAUGCCAUAAUCGCCAAGGGGUUAUGCAGGACGGGUAACACCAGAUUGGCGAUCGAAUUGCUAAGGGACUGGGAAGAGAGAAGCUACAGCAUCAAUUCCUUCGCAUACGGCAUAAUAAUAGAUAGUCUUUGCAAGAAGGGAUUCAUCAUAGAGGCGUUGAGACUCCACGGCAUUAUGAGCAAGAAAGAAGUCGAACCAAAUGUCGUUACUUAUAACACCUUGAUCCAUGGUCUGUGCGAUGUAGGCCAGAUGGAAGAUGCUCUCAUAUUGUUGAAAGAGAUGACAAGCGGAGGCAUCCAACCCGACAUAUUCACUUAUAGCUCCUUGGUUCAUUACUUGUGCAAGCUAGGCCAAUGGAAAGAUGCUACAGUAUUGUUGGAGAAGAUGAUGAAGUCAGGAAUUGAACCGAACGUCGUUACUUAUACCUCUGUCAUUCAAGGAGUGUGCAAUUCCGGCCAAUUGAAAGAGGCCCAAAGACUGCUGAGUCAUAUGGUGCAAAGCAGAGUCAUGCCCAAUGUUCAAACCUUCAAUAUUCUGGUGGAUGCACAUUGUAAAGAGGGAAUGCUUGUAGAAGCAGAGGCCAUAAUCAACCAGAUGAUUCAAUUAGGUAAAAUGCCUGAUAGUUUCACUUAUAGUACAUUGAUGAAUGGUUAUUGUUUGCAAAAUAGGAUGGAUGAUGCUAUGGCGGUUCUUAAUUUGAUGGUUGAAAGAGGCUGCUCACCUAAUGUCGUUUCUUAUAACACAUUGAUUAAUGGAUACUGCAAAGGGAAAAGAGUUGACAAGUCAAAGAUGCUUUUCCAAGAAAUGCUUCAAAGGGGCUUGAAUCCUGAUGUCAUCACGUACAACACUCUCAUAAAUGGAUAUUGCCAGGUUGGGAACCUUGAAGCCGCGGGGGAGCUAAUUAACGAGAUGCGAUCUUGCGAUCUGUAUCUAGAUCAUUAUACCUUGAAUUCUUUCCUGGAUGGCCUGUGUAAAACGCAACAGAUUGACAAGGCCAUGAUAUUGCUUCGAAAGAUGGAAGGUUCCAAAUUUGUCCCAAACAUUGUGACUUACAAUAUUAUAAUGAACGGCAUGUGUAAUGCCGGAAAGCUCAACGAUGCUAAGGGGUUGUUUGAUUGUUUGAAUGCUCGAGGCUUGCAACCUGAUGUGCAGACAUAUAAUAUUGUCACGCAUGGAUUGUGCAAAGGAGGAUGCAUGGAGGAAGCAUAUCAGCUGCUAAAGGAGAUGGAAGGAAAUGGAUGCAUUCCAGAUGGUGUCACUUAUAACACCAUUAUCCAAGGGCUUCUAAGAAAUAAAGAAAAUGCGAGAGCAGCACAACUUGUUGGAGAAAUGGUCGAAAGGGGUUUUUCUGCAAACGUAGGGACGAUGGAGUUGUGGGUUAAGUAUCUUGUGACGAAUGGAACUACUUCUCCUUCUUCUUCCAGUCGGACUCUCCAUUGUGUGUGAGGUCUGUCUGCCUUUUCAGCUGAAAUGUGAUGCAGAGUAAACCAGAUCGACGGCAAGUUUUCUUCCACACAUCAUCUCAUUGAGUUCCAUGUCCCAUUAAUGAAGUUGUUUUAAUUCAGGGAGAUGCUCUCUCUUGCUUCAUUACGAGGCUUUUGGAAGGGUGGAAGGUGAAGUUUGUUUAUUGGAUACCUAGGUUCUGUAAUAAGUCUCUGUAUCUAACUGGUACAUGGACUCAUCAGUUGGUGCUUCUGGUGCCUAAUAUUUAUCAAACAGGUGAAAUUCAUACAGAUGAUCAAGCAGUGUGAGGAUGUUCUUGAAUUAAAUAGAUGUUAAAAGCAAUAACUUAACUGUGUACUAUAUGCAAUUCAGACGUUAUACACAAAUAUCUUGGGCCUCUUCCUCAAAAUGGAACUAAAGAAAACAAUGUUCUUU